AUGGCGUCGCCCUCGUCUCGGACUUCUGGAAAGCGAGUGGUGAAUCAGGAUGAGCUGCGGAGGUUGAUGAAGGAGAAGCAGCGUCUGAGCACCAACCGGAAGCGGAUAGAAUCUCCAUUUGCUAAGUACAACCGCUUAGGGCAGCUGAGUUGUGCCCUGUGUAACACCCCAGUUAAGAACGAACUCCUAUGGCAGACCCACGUCCUGGGAAAGCAGCACCGAGAGAAAGUAGCGGAGUUGAAAGGUGCAAAGGAAGCACCGCAGAAUCGGCCCGCGAACGCAAUCCCACAGACUGCCAAGAGGAAGGCGACGGACGCAGACAGCCAAGAUGCUAAAAGAGCAAAGGCCGUGCCCUCUACAUCCGCUUUGCCCACCAACUUGGACAAAGCUGGGAAGGAGUCCACAAGAUCACCGGUCAGUAAGUCUUCGGGCCUCGGUUUACUCCCUGAUUAUGAAGAUGAGGAAGAAGAGGAACAAGAGGAAGGAGGAGGAAAAAAGGGGGACGCAGGCAGCCCACCACCUGACGCGCAGAGCAAAGAACACGCACUUUCCUCCUCGCGCGAGGCGGCAAGUAGUAUUUUGCCCGGUAAUUUCUCGGAUACAAAUCCACCUAAGGCGCCUUUAGUUCCUCACUCAGGGUCAAUUGAGAAAGCAGAAAUACACGAAAAGGUAGUGGAGAGGAGAGAAAAUACUGCGGAAGCACUACCAGAAGGUUUUUUUGAUGACCCUGAGAUUGAUGCGAGGGUACGAAAGGUUGAUGCCCCAAAGGAUCAGAUGGACAAAGAGUGGGACGAAUUUCAAAAAGCUAUGAGGCAAGUCAGCACUAUUUCCGAAGCCAUAGUGGCUGAGGAGGAUGAGGAGGGACGAUUGGACAGGCAGAUUGGGGAGAUCGAUGAGCAGAUAGAGUGCUACCGUAGGGUGGAAAAACUGCGGAAUCGUCAGGAUGAAAUGAAGAAUAAGCUCAAAGAGGUUCUGACCAUUAAAGAACUACAAAAAAAGGAAGAGGAGAAUAUUGACAGCGACGAUGAAGGAGAACUCCAGGAUUUGUUGUCUCAGGACUGGAGAGUGAAAGGGGCUUUGUUAUAGCAUAUCAGUGACCCAUGAUUUCUAACAACUCUUAGAAUUGUAUGAACAGUGCCAUUUAAAAUUUUCAACUUCACUGUCCUACAGAUUUGGUUACUUAACUGGAUUGUUGAGAAACAAUGAGUGUUGAGGGUGGGUGCUUUAGAAAUUUUUGAGGUAAAUUUGUUUCAGAAAUUUUUGAGGUACAUAUUGAAAUAUCUUUCUCCACACAUUUAUAGAGGAAUUCAUAAUUUUGAGUUGUAAAAUUUGCAAGCUGUAAAUAUUGUACAAAGUUAAAUAUACAUAUAUUUACUUAC